AACGGAAGUGUGCAACCCCGUGCGCACCCUCGCAGUGCAACAGAAUAUUUUAUAAUUUGUUUGUGAGUUCCAAGUGAGCCACACACGCACACGCCUAGUCGACACGAUGCAUUCCGGUGGAAAAGGUGCCGAAGCGGAGGGACUCACCCAGCCGCCAUACCCUCCCCAGUCAGCACCCUACCCGGGCCAGGUGCCCCCACCGAUGGCCUCCGGUUACCCUCAUCCGCAGCCACCGAACUAUGCGCAUCCAGCGCCCCCGCCACCCUACGAUGCCAACUCCAACGUGAUCCCACCACCACAGGUCGCUCCGACGACGUACGUGCAAGUCGUCACCCGGCCUCAGGUGGGUCCCGAUCCGGCCUCGAUGGUGUGCCCGUCCUGCACCAAGCACGUGGUGACCCGGCUGGACUACGAAACCUCGACCAAAACGCACAUCGCCGCCGGACUGCUCUGUCUGUUCAUAUGCUGGCCAUGCUUCUGGAUCCCGUACGUGAUCGACUCGUGCAAGAACGCCAACCACUACUGUCCGAACUGCGGUGCCUACAUCGGAACGUACCGCGGUUAGGAGUCCAACAACGCAACCGAUUUCUUACAUUUUUUUUUUUUUUUGUGCGGAAGCUGCAGAUCGUCAGACUAUUAUAUUACGUUUUAAAAUACUAUGAUCAUAUUCGUACUACAGCCGGCUCGUGCCGGCAUUUUGUGAUGUAACUACUUACCCUCCCGCUCUGCCAUCGAUGAAUGAUGCCAUGUAUUUAGAGGGGUAGGGAAAGGUUUCCAUAAAAAUACCCCCGAGAGGCCUUCAAUGUGUACAUGUUCAGAGUUUACCGUUAUCGGAGACGCGAUGGAGAAAGCGAAAGAAAGCCAGUGUGAAUGAGAUGCACGAGAAAUGAAUAUGGUUGUGAGUGUAUGCGUGUAUGUAUGUAUGCGUAAGAGUGGACCUUUUUUUGAGAGGUAACGAUCAUUAUUGUUAUUACUAUUACUAUUAUGUAGUGAACUGUAUGGACAUUCAUCACGCGUGAAAGUUGCAUAAUAAAUGUAUUUACAUACCAAACCAUUCAA